UUUUAUUCAAGUUUGUUUUAAUAAUUGAUCUAUCGUGUUGCCAAUCAUAUAAAUAAUUUUGAAAUUAGAAUUAUAUAAAUUAGUUAUUUUAACAGUGACUGAAAAUGCUCAAUAGUUUAUAGUUUAAUGAACGGAAAAGCUCAGUAGUAAUUUUUUUUACAAUUUUCGACACUAAUAUUUCAUGACCUUUUCUUUAAAAUGUAAGGUUAUUAUGGAGUUUUUUUUAUCAUUUUAUAAUUAUUAAUAUGUACCAAGUAACAAGCAGUGAAUUUUAGGAUAAUGUUGGAUGAAGAAUAAAAUAUAAAGGAAUGGCGCAUGGGAGCAGCAAAGUAUCAAAGGUUGCUGGAUUCCUCAUAUUUCUUGUAAACUUCAUUACAAUGAUGCUGAGCUUAGUAUCCUUCGCAAUUGGCUUGUGGAUUAUUGUGUCUUCUAAAACUUUGGCAUACGUCAUACAAGUAAUGGGAAAUUCUGGAAUUAAGGCGAUUUUCACACAAGACUUCCUGACAGUACAGCUUGGCAUCGGCGUAUCUCUUCUGAGCUUGUUCUUCUUGUUCAUUUCACUCAUGGGCCUGUACGGGUCGGUAUAUUGCUCACAGUUUCUGUUGUUUAUGUACGCUGCUCUGAUUCUACUUGUAAUGCUGCUGGAGUGUGCAUUAUUCUUCUAUUUUGCAUCUAAUAUUCUUGAGAAAGGAGUCGAAGAAAAAGACGGUCAGUUGGCCCACGUGUUACGCUUGGCUUUACACUGUUGUGAUCGUAAUCACACAAUGACGGAACAUAAUCCGCCAUGGUCCUGCUGCGGUGCUAAUUACAUCAAAAAUUGUACGCAAGAGAAUUAUUUUGAAAAGAAUUGCAAACAGUCCAUAACCGAAUUUUUACAUAGAUACGAAACUUACAUCUACGGAACCAUAGCAGCGACGCACAUACUAUUGUCGUCUCUCUCCCUCCUGCGGCGCGCGAGCAGUGCGUCCCGCUCGCACACCUAGCGGUUACAGCGCCAGUCCGGCGCUGAAAACAAAAAAUGGCGGCGAGGGCGCGUAACGCCGAGUGACGUCACAGAACAACCCGACGAUGUUAUGAUGGUCGUUUUGGGCAGAGCCAGGAUUGGCUGGAUGGACAAACAGACAUAAUUACUAGCUUACCUUAUUAUGCUUUACCCUAAUAUAUAUGCUUUAAUGAGAUAUAUCAUACCAUUAUUGUACUGUCAUUGAUUCUUGAAGUGUGCAGUUUGAAUUAAAUCUGUCGGUUUGAAGUGGGCCAAAGAGAAAAGAGCCUAAAAUAGAAUGUAAAAGAUAGUUAAGAAGCUAAAAUUUCCUUGAGGGAUUUGAUUAAUUAUUAUAAACGCUCAAAUGUUAAUCAUUGUACCAAAGAUGCGGUCAAUUUGUAGUGUUUUAAAAUAAAUUUUGUACUCUAGUUUUAGUGCUGUAAAAUAAUAAAAUUUAUGCC